GUUCUGGACAGCUUGGCUUCAACAUCCUCGGCACCUGGACCCAUCCCGAUCAGUGAACAGUAUGCAAAGGCUUUCAAGUCUGUUCACGGUGACUCUGCAGACAAUGAAGAUGAUGAUGAUCCCGAUGGACUAGCUGUUCAGCCCUCUGCACAGCCCCGCACGACAGGGUUUCGGUUCAACCUGACGAAGAAGAAAGUGCUUUGCAAGGUCUUAAAGCUUCCAUCCCGAACCAUGGAGUCCGAAUCGAAACCAGAUGAGUCCAAGAAGGUCUCCAAAAUGAGACAGCCCAAGGGUGCCGAAAAGAAUCCUCACCACAUCUACGGUGAUUAUGUCCCCCAGAACUUUCUGGAACGAUCCAAGCUGUUCAGAGAGGAAGCCAAAGCGCAGGGGCACUCUGCUUCAGAGGCCAGGGCCAUGUGGAAGAACAGCCGGGAGAGAGCUGAGUUGCUCAGCAUGAUGCCGCUCCCAGAGCUUAAGAGACGCAGGUUUGUGGCCAAGGGCUGUCAGGUGCACCCGUUCCAGAUGGUGGUAGCCGAGCUCUUGCGAGUGGAUGCACCCGGCAUCCUUACGCUAGCGGUUCUCCUUCUGAUCUUCAAUGACAAGAUCCCCAAGACCAAGGACCGCGAGUUUCUGGAAAUCUUCGCUGGCAAAGGCGAGUUAUCCGCUGCUUUUCGAAGGGCAGCUCGACAAAUCUGCAGUGUGUGCCUUCGUGGAGCAUCCGUCGAUUGGGACUACGACCGCGAGGUUUGGAAUGGCAGCUUUUGGAUGGGCCAUUUCAAUGGCCCCACACCCAAGCGACACAGGCAGUACACGAAGGAAUUCGGGGAGUUCCUCGCGAGUCUUUUUCUGAAGCUGAUGCAGGCCGAAAUGCCGAGAAUCAUCACCUACCUCAACUCGAAGCACCUGAAGCCGCCUGGCCUCUGGGACACCUGGCACGCAGAGAUGAAGACUGCAUGGGGCAAAUUAUUGCCGUAUAGUCUAUCUAUGGCACCUAAGGACCGAGCCCUGCAGAAGAUCGGGCUACUGUAG